AUGGCAACGCUGACGGCAGUGUUCCUUGCCAAAACUGUUGAACGGGAUGAAAACAAAAUAUCGUUCACUUAUCGCUAUAGGAUAUCGGGGGAUCCAGGAGUUUUCAGGGAUCGAGACAAAACAGAGAAAGCUGCGCUCGAGUCAGAACAGAGCCGUGGACGUCAAGAUAGUGGUACCGAUUCGACGGGAACGUCAUCAGGCCGUUCCAAGAAGUAUUUCGAUCCAAACUACAACUACCUCGAUCCCGAGUGGAUGAAGCACUGCGAAGAAAUCCUCAAAAGAUCAGCGGUCUUCAAUGAACGUUUGAGAAAGCAGUACGGUAUUGUGCCGGAGAAGUAUCCUGUUGAUAGCGACACCCGUCCAAGUUUCCUUCGUACUCCUGAUGAUGAUAGCAACGUCGCACAAAAAGCGCGUGGAAGACGAAGUGCGAGAACUCGCGAUGGUAAGCUUCGUCCUCCAUACACGCCUUUCCCCAGAAAAACCGAUAAAGCCACGAAAGACUUGGCUAGGCUGAUCGUGAAGGGUCUUGCUCGACCGGGAUUAGGAGAAGAUAAGCAAUUCCGCGUCACGUCAACUAUGUCUCCCAUCGCAGGUCUGGGCCCUUCAUUUAAUGCAGUGUGA